AUGUACAUCAAACAGGUCAUCAUCCAGGGGUUCCGAAGUUACAGGGACCAAACUGUGGUGGACCCCUUCAGUCCAAAGCACAAUGUCAUCGUUGGAAGGAACGGAUCAGGAAAAAGUAACUUUUUCUACGCCAUUCAGUUUGUGCUCAGUGAUGAGUUCAGCCACCUUCGACCUGAGCAGCGUCUGGCCCUGCUCCAUGAGGGAACUGGUCCACGUGUCAUUUCUGCUUUUGUGGAGAUUAUAUUUGACAACUCUGACAACCGACUGCCGAUUGACAAAGAGGAAGUCUCCCUUCGCCGUGUCAUUGGCGCCAAGAAGGACCAAUAUUUCUUAGACAAGAAAAUGGUGACUAAGAAUGAUGUCAUGAACCUUCUGGAGAGUGCUGGCUUCUCCCGCAGUAACCCAUACUACAUCGUCAAGCAGGGAAAGAUCAACCAAAUGGCCACGGCCCCGGAUUCCCAGCGUUUAAAGCUGCUGCGAGAGGUGGCAGGGACACGGGUGUAUGAUGAGCGCAAGGAGGAGAGUAUUUCUCUCAUGAAGGAGACAGAGGGUAAACGAGAGAAGAUCAAUGAGCUGUUGAAGUACAUCGAGGAGCGUCUGCACACCCUGGAGGAUGAGAAGGAGGAGUUGGCUCAGUACCAGAAGUGGGACAAGAUGAGAAGGGCCCUGGAGUACACCAUCUACAACCAGGAGCUAAAUGAAACCCGCGCCAAACUGGAUGAGUUGUCCUCCAAGAGGGAGACCUGUGGAGACAAAUCCCGACAGCUGCGUGAUGCUCAGCAAGAUGCUAGAGACAAAGUAGAGGAGACGGAGCGUGUUGUGAGGGAGCUGAAGUCCAAGAUCUCUGCUAUGAAGGAGGAGAGAGAGCAGCUGUCGGCCGAACGCCAGGAGCAGAUCAAGCAGAGGACCAAGCUCGAGCUGAAGACCAAGGACCUGCAGGACGAGCUGGCAGGCAACAGCGAACAGAGGAAACGCCUGCUAAAGGAGCGUCAGAAGCUGCUGGAGAAAAUUGAGGAAAAGCAAAAAGAGCUGCAGGAGACCGAGCCCAAAUUCAACAUGGUGAAGGAAAAAGAGGAGCGGGGUAUCUCCAGACUGGCCCAGGCUACUCAGGAGAGGACAGACCUCUAUGCCAAGCAGGGACGUGGCAGCCAGUUCACUUCCAAGGAAGAGAGGGACAAGUGGAUCAAGAAGGAGCUGAAAUCGCUGGACCAGGCCAUAAAUGAUAAAAAGAGGCAGAUUGCAGCGAUUCACAAAGACCUGGAAGACACAGAGACUAAUAAGGAGAAGAACCUGGAGCAAUACAAUAAACUCGAUCAAGAUCUGAAUGAGGUGAAGACCCGUGUGGAGGAGCUGGACAAAAAGUAUUAUGAGGUGAAAAACAGGAAAGAUGAACUACAAAGUGAAAGAAACUACCUGUGGCGUGAGGAGAACGCAGAGCAGCAGGCCCUGGCAGCCAAACGCGAGGAUCUGGAAAAGAAACAGCAGCUCCUUCGAGCGGCCACCGGCAAGGCCAUUCUGAAUGGCAUUGACAGCAUUAACAAAGUCCUUGAGCAUUUCCGUCGGAAAGGCAUCAACCAGCAUGUCAUCAAUGGUUACCACGGGAUAGUCAUGAAUAACUUUGAGUGUGAGCCUGCUUUUUAUACCUGUGUGGAGGUGACUGCCGGUACAAGAUUGUUCUACCACAUUGUGGAGACUGAUGAAGUCAGCACCAAAAUUCUGAUGGAGUUCAACAAAAUGAACCUGCCAGGAGAAGUCACAUUCCUGCCCUUGACCAAGCUGGACGUCAGGGACACAGCUUAUCCAGAGACCAAUGAUGCCAUUCCCAUGAUCAGCAAACUGCGCUAUAGCACCAACUUUGACAAGGCCUUCAAGCAUGUGUUUGGGAAGACCCUGAUUUGUCGCAGCAUGGAGGUUUCCACCCAGCUGGCCAGGGCAUUCACCAUGGACUGUAUAACUCUGGAGGGUGACCAGGUUAGCCACCGUGGAGCCCUGACAGGAGGCUACUAUGACACCAGAAAGUCUCGUCUGGAGCUGCAGAAAGACAUGAGGAAGGCUGAGGAGGAGUUGGGGGAGCUGGAGGCCAAGCUCAAUGAGAACCUGCGCAGGAACAUUGAACGCAUCAACAACGAGAUCGACCAGCUGAUGAACCAGAUGCAGCAGAUUGAAACACAACAGAGGAAGUUUAAGGCGUCUAGAGACAGUAUUCUGUCAGAGAUGAAGAUGCUGAAGGAGAAGAGGCAGCAGUCAGAGAAAACGUUCAUGCCCAAGCAACGCAGUCUUCAAAGUCUGGAGGCCAGUCUCCAUGCCAUGGAGUCCACAAGGGAGUCACUGAAGGCUGAGCUCGGCACAGAUCUGCUUUCUCAACUCAGCCUGGAGGACCAGAGGCGCGUCGAUGACCUCAAUGAUGAGAUCCGUCAGCUCCAGCAGGAUAACAGACAGCUGUUGAAUGAGAGGAUCAAGCUUGAGGGCAUCAUGACCAGAGUGGAAACAUAUCUCAACGAGAACUUGCGGAAACGUCUUGACCAAGUGGAGCAGGAACUGAAUGAGCUGCGGGAGACUGAAGGUGGCACAGUGCUCACAGCCACAACAUCUGAGCUGGACGGCAUCAACAAACGUGUCAAAGACACUUUGGCCCGAUCUGAAGAUCUGGAUUCCCUUGUUGACAAGACCGAGGCAGAGAUCAAGGACCACAUAAAGAGCAUGGAGCGCUGGAAGAACAUAGAGAAGGAGCAGAAUGAUGCCAUCAACCAUGACACCAAGGAGCUGGAGAAAAUGACCAACAGACAAGGCAUGCUGCUCAAGAAGAAAGAGGAAUGCAUGAAGAAGAUCAGAGAGCUUGGUUCACUUCCUCAAGAGGCCUUUGAGAAGUACCAGACCCUCACACUCAAACAGUUGUUCAGAAAACUGGAGCAGUGCAACACAGAGCUGAAAAAGUACAGUCACGUCAACAAGAAAGCUUUGGACCAGUUUGUCAACUUCUCUGAGCAGAAGGAAAAACUGAUCAAGCGUCAAGACGAGCUGGACCGUGGCUACAAAUCCAUCAUGGAGCUCAUGAACGUCCUGGAGCUGCGAAAGUACGAGGCCAUCCAGCUCACCUUCAAACAGGUGUCAAAGAACUUCAGUGAAGUUUUCCAGAAGCUGGUGCCCGGAGGAAAAGCUACACUGGUGAUGAAGAAGGGCGAUGCUGAAGGAAGCCAGUCUCAAGAUGAGGGAGAGGGCGGUGCAGACAGCGAGAGGGGCUCUGGUUCACAGAGCAGCGUUCCAUCAGUAGACCAGUUCACCGGAGUCGGCAUCAGGGUGUCGUUCACAGGGAAACAGGGUGAGAUGAGAGAGAUGCAGCAGCUGUCUGGAGGUCAGAAAUCUCUGGUGGCUCUGGCUCUGAUAUUUGCCAUCCAGAAGUGUGACCCCGCCCCUUUCUACCUGUUUGAUGAGAUCGACCAGGCCCUCGACGCCCAGCACAGAAAGGCCGUCUCAGACAUGAUUGUGGAACUGGCAGGCCACGCCCAGUUCAUUACCACCACUUUCAGGCCUGAGCUGCUUGAGUCCGCCGACAAGUUCUACGGUGUGAAAUUCAGAAACAAGGUGAGUCACAUUGAUGUGAUCACAGCAGAGCAGGCCAAAGACUUUGUGGAGGACGACACCACCCAUGGUUAAUGGUCUUCACCUCUUCAUCAUCCUCCUCACCCCUCCGCCUCCUCGUCCCCCACCUCUACAGUGCACUGCGUAGCUCCAAGCCUUUUUCAACUGGGCCCAAAGACAGAAAUAUCUUACUCAAUCCCCCAGCUUUUAUAAUUCCUGUUGAAGAUAAACUUUCCCCAAAUGUGAGCAUUGAAUUGGAAAUGUUGAGACAACAAAUUAAAGAGAAUGUGGUUUUGUAGAAAAUCUCCAGGAGACAUUUGUUCUGUCACAGUUCCCUUUGUUGCUGUGCCUCUAUGUGGAUCCAGAAAAUAAAAGAAUUGUAGUAAUUUUAUGCUAAAACAUUUUCUGUACAGGUCCUGGGAGAGC